AUGGUCACUAAUAUACUUAUACUUGUUGCUUUCUUUGCUCUUUCUUUCUCUUUCCUUCCUUCUUUCUUUCUUUCUUUCUUUUUCUUCUUUCUUUCUUUCUUUUCUUCAUUCCGCUUCGUUAUUUCUAUUUUUUCUUUGCUGCUACAUUCUUUCUUUCUUUCUUUCUUUCUUUCUUUUUCAUUAUUUCUAUUUUCUUUCAUUUCUUUGUUUCUUAAUUUUCUCUUUUUUUUCACUGCCGUUUUUGCAUUUGUCUCUCCCUCCCCCCUCCCUCUCCCUUUACAUUUCUUGCAUCUCUCUCUUUUCUCGCCAUUCAGAAAGCCUCAUUCUGAUCAUUAUCUAUCUAUCUAUCUAUCUAUCUAUCUAUCUAUCUAUCUAUCUAUCUAUCUGGCUAGCUAUCUAUUUUCUAGAUCUGAUCAUUAUCUAUCAAUCUAUCUAUCUAUCUCAUUUUGUUCAUUAUCUUUCUAUCGCAUCUUGUACAUUAUCUAUCUAUCUAUCUAUCUAUCUAUCUAUCUAUCUAUCUAUCUAUCUCACUUUUUAUUUCUUUGUCUAUCGCAUGUUGUACAUUAUCUAUCUAUCUAUCUAUCUAUCUAUCUAUCUAUCUCAUUUUGUUCAUUAUCUUUCUAUCGCAUCUUGUACAUUAUCUAUCUAUCUAUCUAUCUAUCUAUCUAUCUAUCUAUCUAUCAAUAG